AUGGCGUUCUCUGGCUUUACCUCUCUUAUGCGGUCGGUGUUCGACCAGGGUAUGAUGCGCCAGUUCUAUCCGCCUACUGCCACUUUCGAGCCCGAACGCGAUAUCUCUUCGCAGGCUGGUCAGGUUGCACUUGUCACGGGCGGCAACGGCGGGAUCGGCUACGAGACGUGCAGACACCUCCUGCUGAAAGACGCCAAAGUAUAUCUGGCCGCCAGGAAGCCCGAUGCUGCGCAGGAGGCGGCAGUCCGACUGUUGGAGGAGACAGGACGCGCGCCUGAGAUUCUCAUCCUCGACCUGGGCGAUCUGGAGAGUGUACGCAAGGGUGCUGAGGAGUUCAAGAAGAGAGAGCCAUUGCUGCACCGCUUAUAUAACAACGCUGGCGCAGUUUGGGUGCCUACAGAUAUGCUCACAAAGCAGGGUUAUGACCUUGCCUUCGGCACAAACGUCCUUGGUCACUACUUCCUCACGACGCUGCUCAUGCCCGUUCUUGAAUAUACAUUCGACGUCACAGAUGUUCGCCCACGUAUCAUCAACGUAUCAUCGUCUGCGCAUGUAGUCUCGUACGGUGUCACAGGCAUCACCUGGCCUUCUAUCACCGACUCUCCGGAACGCCAGAAGCUUGCGCCCAGCAUGGGGUCUUAUGCCCUCUAUUGCCAGAGCAAGUUCGGUGUCAUCAUGCUCUCGUACCUCCUUGACCGCCACCACGGCGAGAAAAUCCUUUCUAUUGCGCUGAACCCUGGCAACUUCGAGUCCGGGGCGUACCGAUACGUGAAGGGCAUGCAGAAGAGUACCGUAAAUCUGGUACUAUACACCGUCGAGGACGGCUGCAAGACGCAGUUAUGGGCGGGUACGGCGCCCGAGGGUACCUUCAAGGGAGGCGAUUAUCUGAUCCCAUGGGCACGCGAGGGUACAUCUGACAGUCGCACGCACAAUAUUGGAGUGCAGGAAGAGCUAUGGAAAUGGUUGCAUGCGCAGUGUGAGAGGUUCUAG